GCUCUUUUGUAAAACCUCAGAGGAAACAGUCUAGCAAUCAAAGCUACGCAUUCCCAUUCGAGAAUUUUGAUCUCAUAUAUUGUGACCACAAUAAUUAAAAGCAAGCUAUCAUGUGGCUUAUUGACACGAAUACCCUGGAGCUAAAAGAGUUCUCUUCACCUCCUGCCAAGUUCGCUAUGCUUUCGCAUACCUGGGACAGUGAUGAAGUAACAUUCCAACAAUUCCAAAAGCCCCACGAAGCCCAAUAUCAACAAGGGUAUCGGAAGAUUGAACACACCUGCGAAGAAGCUCGAAGGCAAAAGAUACCAUAUGCAUGGGUGGAUACAUGUUGCAUUGACAAGACUAAUAGCGCUGAGCUGACAGAGUCGAUCAACUCAAUGUUCACCUGGUAUGCUAAAUCUUUUAUCACGUAUGUUUUCCUCAUGGAUCUUAUGACGGACCCAAAGGUUACGUUGACAACCAAAACUUUGAAAUCUUGCCGUUGGUUCACGAGAGGCUGGACCCUGCAAGAGCUUGUUGCCUCGCGAUCAGUGGAGUUUUACGACGCAAACUGGGUUCUAAGAGGCACAAAAGCCAGUCUUCGUCCUCUUCUUGCUACCACAACGGGCAUCGACGAAAAAGUAUUGAAGAAUUCUUCUUACCUUUCGUCAAUUCCAGUCGCACAGCGGAUGUCAUGGGCGUCUCGAAGAGUCACCACGCGUCUAGAAGACCAGGCGUACUGUCUUCUGGGCAUUUUCCAGGUUCAUAUGCCUUUAAUUUACGGUGAAGGCAACAACGCAUUUAUCAGGUUGCAAGAAGCCAUAAUUGAGGAAGUGAACGAUCUCUCUCUGUUUGCAUGGAGAUCGAAUGCACAUCAAAGUACGCAGAAAUAUAGGGGUAUGCUUGCAAGCUCACCCGCGGAGUUUGCAGAUGCUGGCAAUAUUCAAAGGGUACGCGACGGACGACUUAGCGACGAAUUCGCUGUCACCAAUAAAGGCUUGCGGAUGCAUAGUGGCUUAUCCCGCGACUCAGAUAUACUAUCUCUGGAUUGCUUUGUCAGCACCAAGCGGAAGAAAAAGUACCUAGGUAUCCAUGUCGACAAACAUGGCGCCGACUUGUACGCGCGAGUUCAACCAGCGUGUCUUGCCCUCUUGGAAGAGCGCAGUUAUGAAGCUGCGGAACUAUUUUACAUAAGUAAAACCAUCCUGCCAGCGUUAUCCUCAACGCUAGAACGUGGGAAAAAUCUCCAGGGGGCGAUUGCUUUCAAACGAGGAUUCCAGACCAAGCUCUUCCGUCCAGCCACAAUGCAGCCAAAACGCUUAUGGGAUAUUCAAAAGGAACUUUUUAUCACCAAGGGCGUUCCCAACUUCACUGGUAGCAUAUUGUUUAUGUCUGUUGGAUCGCUGCAAAGACAAUAUCUAGACAAUCAAGCAUUUCUGGUCGUAUGCGGGAUGGGAAUGAACGACAAGGAACCUUGGGCCACUAUAGUACCUCAAGGCAAACGAUCAGACAUUUGGGAAUUACAUAAUGACACACAAGUAUCUGAUAUGCAGAGGAUGGCAGAUCUUGCUUGCCAGGGGAGAAGAUCCGCGAUCAACAUACAAGAUCCUAAGACGAAGAUCAACAAGCUGCGAGUAUCAAUUUCACAAAGAAAGUUUUACAUGGAUACUGUAUCUGUCCAUUGUUUCGAUCUUUCCUUUUCGGAGUUAAAGCAAUAAAAUAGGAAUUUUGGUUGUAUGAUAAUACUGCUGCUGCUACUGCCUAAACAUAUUGAAAAUAGUACUGAUCAGCCGAUCUCGGCCUGGUACGAUGCACAAUUUUUUGAGUUGAUCUCAACCAAACGAAAAGAUUGUUGGAUCUUGUAGAUGCGAACCUUAGGCACUUCAUUACUUGCUUGCACAUGGACGAAAUUAUGGAAAAGAGGAGCUAUACUAUAUAUAUUAAUGCGAAAAGAUAUGCU